CAUGUUUGUUAAAUAGUUAAUGAAUGGCAACAAGUCUUUCAAUAAGGCUUUAGAUUUAGAACGAAGAUUAGUUAAAUUUUUCUUAUCAAAAUAUUUGCAGCAGUAAUAUUUUAAUUGUUUCAUUCGAUGAAAUCGUGAUUAAAACAUAUUAUCUCCAAAAUCAUGGAGGAUGAAAUUGAUGAAUGUGUUAGAAAAAAGAUAAAUUGGCCGCAGUUGCCUGGAAAUAUUAAAAAGUUGUUCAAUGAAACUCCAAAAGAAUAUGAUCGGUAUAUAUUUGAAUUCAGUAUUAAAAAUCAGCUGCGCUAUAGAGGCAGCCUAGUGAGAACCGUAAAAAAGGAUGAAAGAAAAUACUAUGAAGCCCUGGUUCAGAGCAGCAUACAGAGGCUUAUGCUAUACCCUUAUCACUUAGCUGACAUGAUUGUGAAAGGAUUAAGAAUAACUCCCUUUAUAUAUUAUAUUGAAGUGGUUGCCCUUCUAAUAGAGCUUGAAAAGAGUUAUGACACUAUGCCUAAUUUUACUGCCGCUGAUUGUCUUAGGCUUCUGGGUGUAGGAAGGAAUGAGUAUCUGGAACUAGUAGCUAAAGCUCGAUCUCUUGGGAGACGUGGAAGGGCAAGAGCUAUUCGAUGUUUGUUACCUCGUGUACCCCUCAAUGUGCCCAUGCAACCAUGGUGGAGAGUGGAACUUGGUUACGUCCUUGAAGAAGAUGUUAAGCCUUUAGGUGAGAGCGAGAAGGCGUUAAUAGAUUUGUUAAUCGACCAAGGGUCGCAGACCGCGGGCACGCUUGAUUACUACGUCGUCAAGAAACUAUACAGGCGCGGUUUGAUUUACUUAGACGUGCCGAUAACAGCGGCGGACAAAGUAUCAGUCCCGCCUCUCAAAGGCUUCGUGAUGAACCGCAUAGCCGGGGACUACUUCGAGACCUUACUGUACAAAGUGUUCGUGUCUAUCGACGAGCACACCAGCGUCGCCGAGCUCGCAACGGUGCUUCAGGUGGAGUGCGAGCUGGUGAAGCAGGCGGUGUCGCUGUACUGCCGGCUGGGGUUCGCGCGGCUGCAGGGCGCGGCGCCGCACGCGCACGCCAGCUGGGCGCGCGCCGUCACCACGCACUCGCACCAGCCAUAUAGACAAAUAGCUCCAUUAACUUUUGGCACUAACAUGGAUGAAGACCUGCAGAUGGAACCCGUACUUAUCAAAGAUAUGCCGUCUACUUCAAAACAGACAUCUCAAUCAGAAAUAUCCGAGUCGGCUACGAGUAAUAGCGGUCAGAGAGUUGCUGUUCUCUUUGACUCCACAUUAGCGGCUUACCUUAUGAUGGGAAAUUUAUCACCGGACCUUAAAAGUCAUGCAGUGACACUGUUUGAAGUCGGAAAAUUGUGCGAUGAAAGUUUGGACAGUUUGCUCAUAGAAUUGGAUAAGGUGGUCGGGGAUCCAGAGAUCGAAGGUGAAGCGAGGCGGUAUUUGGCCGCUGCAGCGUGUCUUCGUACAGCGUUGCGUACGUUGCGACCUAGCUUACGGCCACUAGAUCUUCUCCGCUGUGAAGCGCUUCAUGCACUCGACGCUCCAGCUCGGGCACGGCUGUUGACCACUAAAUAUAGGCUGGCGGUGUCGACGGCGCCGCUGGGCCGCGAGGCGCGCGCGGGCGCGGCGGCGGGCGCGCUGCCGCACGUGGGCCCCGCGCCGCCCGAGGCCGCCUCGCCCUGGAUGCGCCUCUACCUCUACCACCUCGCCGGCUACGGGCCGCCCACGCUGCUGCUCACCAAAGGCACCGUCCUGCGCGGGAUCCCGCGCUCGCUGCUGGGGUUCUCGCGGCUGGCGGUGUCGUGGUGGGGCGCGGAGUCGGAGUCGGCGGCGCUGCCGGCGGCGGCGGCGCUGGCGGGCGCCAACUCCGCGCUGCGGCGCGGGCCCGUGCUGCUGCAGGCGGCCGGCGUGCGCGCCGCGCCCGUCGUGGCGCACUUGUCCUUCCCGCCCUCCUCCGAUGACGCAGACGAGUUGCAGAGCCUGUGGGGCAAGCACGCGGGUCUGCGGCGCCUACUGCGGCGCCUGCGCCUGAGUCGCUCGGCGGGCUACGUGACGCUGGCUGACAUCGGCGUGCCUGACCUGGGUUGUGCGCACCCGCCCGCGGCCGUGCAGCUCGUAACGCCAAGAAAGAAAAAAGACACUUGCGGGAUAGCAAAGCCGGUCAGUGAAAUAUCGAUAUCUUCCAACGAUUCUGCGAAAGAGAUGACCGAAUACACGAAGGUUAUAAACAAUCGCCUGCAGUCACCUAUUGAGUCUCAUUUCGCAGUCACACCCACCGGAGACAGCAAGACGAGCUCGCCAGCCAACGGCUUCACGAGCGCCGAGGGCGGGAAAUUACUCUGCGAAGAACUUGACAGUCUCAAUAUUGAAACGUAUCAAAGCAAAGAAUCGAUCGCGAGCAGCGACGAUUUUGUACCCAUACAUUCCUCGACCAGUAUUGACGAAUUAAAAGAGAAACAUUCCAUCGAAGAUUCCAGAAACGAGUCUGUUUUAGAUGACUCAAUUUCAAUCCAAUCGCCCGCUAACGUAAGAGACAAUAUCAACAAACCGGACCAGUUGAGCGAACUGUUUAGUCCCGUCGAAGAAUCUAUAUCAAUGUUCACACAGUUGUCCGAUAAGCUAACGGAGAUCACCACCGAGGGCGACAGCGGUGUUGACACGGCGCAUAAUUAUUCCGAUGAUGAAACUUGCAAACCUGAAAAAUGGACAAUUUUAGAUCUUCAAUUUGGCAUUCCACUGUUUGAUGAAGCUCUUUGUGAAAAAGUGUGUCGCAGUAUUGUUGAAAAGAUAGCGAAGCCUGAAUUGUUAGACAAAGUAAAAGAGGACAAUGAGUUUAUAAGAUCAGACGUGCUAAAGUUUGUGUCACAGUGUCAGUAUUACCCAGGAGAAGAUAUGGGGAUUGUCAAACGUGGAACUUUAGUUCCUUUGCCGAGGAAAUGCCUCGUGUUCGAAAAUGGAAGGAUAAGUGAAUGGAAUGGAAAGUGAUUAUAUUGCGAUAAUACCCAUACAUAUUACAUAAGGCAUUUACAUAAAUUAUUAUUUGACUUAAUGAAGAUAUUUAAGGCAACUGUAGUUAAGGUAUGUUAAACUGUAGUUAAUUACGAGACAUUUCACAAGUGUUACUGUUCCAUUAGAAAUAUUAAGAUUGAAGACAAUGCGUCCAAAAAUUAAAAUAAAAUCUUUUUUAAACCAUGUACAAUA